CACUGCGCCUGAUCGUUUGACCCUGGGAGAAAGUUCUGCCACAGGGGGAAAUAUGUGGCGGAAACCGAGGGGCUGGAACAGAGAGAAUAGGCGAGGGAUACCGCGAGCGUGAGAACUGCGGCUCAGGCUUUGACCAUUCAGCUACUGGACGACAUUGUGGCUGAGAGACUGGAGGCUCAGGAGGCCAGAGGAAGAUGCUGAACCCAUGGGGGCUGUUCCUCUGCCAGCUGGCAAUAAACACGUCUUACCAUGUCAUAAAAGCCAGCCUCUGCCUGGGUGGGUCAGACAUCUUUGCGACGGUGAGCGAGAACCGCCCCGUAGGAGAGUUCAUUGCGAACCUCAGCAUCGCCGGGGACCCUACAGGAGUUAAUAGCAUCCGCUUGUGCCUCACCGGAGAGAACGCCAAUUGGUUCUACCUAGAAGGGAGAACCAUCAGGCUAAACUCAUCCAUUUUAAGAGUCCUAGAUCGAGAGCGCCAGGGAUCUGUUUUGAUGGCAGCAUUAACAUGUUAUGAAGAUGACAUAAUACAGAGUGAAUACAGGGUCAUGGUUGAGAUCCUGAACGAAAACGAUAACAAACCAAGGUUCCUUGAGAAGACUAUACAACCGCGUUACAUAAGUGAGCUCACUGCAGUCAACUCUGUAGUCUUCACCGUCAAGGCCAUCGAUGCUGAUGGAGACACCAUCACCUACAUCAUCGACAGAGCCUCGCCUGAUGCCAGCUACUUCAGGAUAGACCUGCCCAACAGUGGUAAAGUAAUCCUGGACAAGCCAUUGGACUAUGAGACCAAAACCAAGCUGCAGCUAGUCAUCUACGCUGUGGAAACCAACACCAAGGAGUGGUACAACACUUCCGCCUCUCUGACUGUGAACGUGGAGGACAGGGACGACCAUUAUCCUCAGUUCCUACCGUGCACACCCAUCUCCCAGGACCACAACCACACGGUUGUCUGCACCAACCCCAUCUACGUGGUCAACAUCACAGAAAAGGACCAGGACAUAUUACUGAAUUUCUCUCCUGGUCCAAUUCAUGCCGAAGAUGGAGACAGAAGCCUUGAUACGCCUUUGCUCUACUCCAUUCUCUCAGGUGCAGACAAAAACAGGUUUCAGAUUGACAACCAAACAGCAGAGAUCACAUUGACAAGACGGGUGGAAAACAGACAUCUGACACCUAUACUCCGACUACGCAUCAUGGCAUCUCAGCUGAAUGACCCAAAGAAGUACAGUGUGGCGACAGCGCUGGUACGGGUGCUAGCAGAGAACCAGUUCCCUCCCCUCUUUAACAGAACCACGUACAAAGGAUUCAUCAUUGAGAGCUCCAGCCCUGCCACGCUAGUCUCCACCUAUGGGAACGAGGUGCUUCUCAUCCAAGCCAUAGACCAGGACUUUGUAGAUGGGGUGAAUCCAAAAAUGCAUUAUUCUCUCCAGCCCACACUAGCCACCACUGGACUGUACCACAUCACCGAGGAAGGGGUUAUCAUCGCUAAGACCGACCGCCUACGACCCUUUGACAGGCACAUCCUAGAGGUGGUCGCUAUGGAUGAGGAAUCAGGUGAGGUUGCGAAAGCCUCAGUCGACAUAGAGCUGCUACAAAGAAGCCAGCCAAUUCCAUGGACACCUUUCAGAGACAUGGAUGUGAGGAUAGCUGGCGGUAUCAUGGGUGGGAUGCUGCUGCUGUUAGUGACCACCCUGUUCCUGCUGAUCCGAUGGGCCAAGAGGAGGAGGAGGAGACAGAGACAAAACCCAGCCGGACGAGGGGCUGUCACCCUGGGGAAACACCUCAAAGUGGUAAACUCGGGCCGGCCCAUGAUCCCCCUGGCCGAGGAGGUCUCCUACCAGAACGAAGGGUUCAGCAUAGACUAUGAGGCCUCGGGAGGUUCCGGAAGCCUCCUUGGGAGACAUGGGGUCUACACCAGGAAACAGUCGCUGAUCCCGCCACCGCCACGCUGCCACAGCAGCCAUCCAGACUGCGGCUCCAGUACCGUAACAGGCGACAUGCUGCCUAUACUGGUGAUGCCAGAGCCCCUGGUUAAAGACCUCACUCCCUCCCUCGUCUCCAAUGGCAGGAAAGGUGACAGCACCAUCAGCACAGGGGCUGUGACAAAAGACGAGAAGGAGAGGAAUAAGCAGAGGGAUAUGGAGAAAGAGGAGGAGAUGGAAUGGGAGAAGCAGUGGGAACGCGCUGUUGGCACAAAAGAGAAGAGAAAUUCUGAGGGGGAAAGGACGGAUAAGUCGAGAGAUGUUUUGGGUGCUUCUAGUGACACCGCAGAUGUAAGCGAGGCCUCUGAGGACCAAACAAACCCAGAAAAGCCUCAGAGCCACAGGAUGAAAACACACCAAAUCAGAGAACCCAAAGACGGGCACAAAAGCACUUCUGAAGAGUCGUCUGAGGCAGAAAAAUCAAUAUUAGACAAUGCACUCUGAUCGGUCUUUCAGACGAUUAUGACACAGCCUCGGAGGACGACCAGGUCCCGUUACUCCAGUAGCAGGACGUCGAGGGGGGAAAUGCAGCGCAAGGGCUCAGCGAAACAAACCAGCGAUCAAGCAAACAGAUGACCAAGUAACCCACAUAUGCACCAUUCACACUCACACUCUGGGCUUCAGACUCACAUUGAAGAUACAAAAUAACUAACGAUUUAUUUAUUUAAAAAUAAAACUGACAUUAUGGAGCCAAACGAACUCUGUACACAGACAAAAAUGUAUAUGAAUUGUUUUUUCUCUCUCCAAUUCCAUAUGAUUAUGUUGGGCCUAAAUGAGCUCAACGACUGUUCAGGUCUUGAUUGAGUAAAUGGACGUAUGUAAAUCUGAGAACAAAAACAUGUGUUUUCUGAAAAACUGUGUGGGACCAGCCUUAAUGCGAACGAAGCCAUUCUGUAUUGCUUUAAUUUGCAGUGUUGAAGGACUAGUAUUUCAGGAAUUAAAGUCAAAAUGUAAGCGCAUGCAAUGUAACUACAGUGUUGGGGAAGCAACUCUGAAAAUAUAGUUUACCCAAGCUACCAAUUACUUCACACUGGAAGAAGUUAAGCUACACUAAAAAAGAUACCCCGAAGAAAAAUAUAGUUACUUAGCUAAAGUCAACUACUUAGUUAAAAAUGAUCAUAUCUAAAUCUGAAAUGUCAUAGACUACAUAUUGCAAGAACAGAUCACUCUGGAGACAGAUGUUAAACAAUGUGUAGUGAGAAUUGGGCACACAAAAUGUGUUUCGAGUGAGAAUUAGGCAGGUCUGAUGCCAAAAAAGAAAGAAUUCUGGCCUCCAUGUAUAUUUUCUUUUCUUAUUGCAACAAUGUAGUGUGUAGUUCCAGUAGUUAGCUACAUGGCAAAAAAGGUAAUUAACUACUGAAAACACUACCAAGAUUAGAAUUUUGUUCAACUACCACCAAGGUACUGCAACAUCUAAUUAAAUGACUAGUUAAACUACAUGUAGUUCACUAUUCCCCAACACUGUAACUAUAGUGUACAGUGGAUUAUGUGGCAUCACUAGUGUUUGCUAUAGAGUGUAAACUGAAGUUUCAUACUGUAGAGGGACACAAGACAGUGUUGUUUCUAAAACAAUGGUUCAACCCCACUUGAAUGAUGUGUAAACACAUUUUGUGAUUUUAGUAACUGUUUCAAAAUGAUGUUUUCUUAUGAAUAAUCGGAAGGAAUGGAUGUAUUCUAUGUGCAGCUAUGAUACAAUGAUAUUGGGUGUCUAUAUAAUUAUGACAUUUGUAUUAAUGUAUAAUUGUAGCUAAUAAUCACUCGCUAAAAACUACAACCCUCAUCCUAAACAUAAAAGCAUACUUUCAAUCACUGAGAAGAGUUAGGUUAUAUUAGCUUCCUGGCUUGUAAUUGCCCUUGGGUUUCCUGAAUCACAUGUCCUGUCUGCCAAGAGGCUCAGCAGCAGCCAUGUUGACAUCCACGAGCCUGAACGAUUGGACGAGCAGCGCUACGUGCAGAAAGACUUCCCUAACAAUAGCCAAUAGGGGGUGGAAAAUGUCCCUGACAGCCCAUGAGACGUUGACGAGACACCUGGCCAUGGGCUGGAGGGCGUGGCUAAACCGUGCCCCGAACAGAGGUGUGAUGAUCCCCUGUUCCCCUAGCACUACGACUUGUCCCACUAUCAACACCUGUGUGCACACAGGUAAAGACAGGUGAACUAAAUGCAACCAGAAUAUUGGUAAAGUAGACUUAAUAGAAUAUAUUUUUAGUUAUUAAUCUGAAUAUACCCAUGCACAUCAUUAUCCCUUGGAGAGCAACUUUACCUUGAUGACAUACUGUGUGAUGAAGCUGAGCAGCUCUAUUGAAGGCAGUAGCCAGGCUGAAGGGGAAGCUGUUGGACUGGAAGAUUCCGCACCAACAGCUUAUUCCCCAUGCAAUAAACUUCAACAAGAAGGUCAAUUUAAAUAUGGAUAAUGAACAAAGUGUGGCAAGAAAGGUGUGCCACUACCUGUGCAGGGAAAGGUCACAGGCAUCGCCAUCCUCUGGGGUCAUGCUCUCUCUGUGAUGGGGUAACAUAUGCACAGGUCUGUGAAACAAAAAUCUCUAAUACCUUAUUAAUAAUAAAUCAAUAAAUGUAAUACUCAGUGUGCACAACCAAACAAUGCCUGAGUCUACAUGGUUUGCAAGGGGCUGUGAGCUGCUGUGUGCUUGCUUACGCGUCCUCCAUGUGGUUGAUGGCUGUCCUCUCACCUGCUGCCUCUCUGUCUGUCCCCAGGAAUUGCAUGAGCCCUGUCAUCCUCUCUAGACUCCUUAGAGAGGGGGAACACACAUCUCUCACACCACUCUGGACUGUUUUUGAUUGUGAUUCAUGUUCAGUUAUUAUGUCUGUAUGACAUGUAUAUACUGUAGUACUCUCUCUUAGAAGCACUGUUGCCUUUAGAGAUGUAUUAUCUAAGGAAGCUGCCUAUAUGUAAUGCCAA